ACACCUGCAGAGCAGCAAGACUAGCUUGUGGCUACCAGCCUAGCUAGCCACCGCCGCGAUCCACUAUCAUCGCUUGCUCGCCGAGUUUCCUGCGGCGGCCGGCGGGCACCUACAUCUCCUCUACCUGACUGGCUAGUCAUUAGCACAGCCAGUACGUACGUAGCUCGCCCGGCCGGUGCUCGACGACACAGUGAAUUGGCGACGCACGUAGCUAGGAGGCCAGCAGCUGGGGUCGGAGAUGGCCAUGCCAGUGAAGCUGACUCCUGCCUCCCUCUCGCUGAAGGCGGUCUGCUGCCGCUUCAGCUCCGGAGGGCAUGCGCUGCGCUUCGGCUCGUCGCUACCGUGCUGGAGGAGGACGCCGACGCAACGGAGCACGUCGUCGUCUACGACGCGCCCUGCGGCUGAGGGUUAGAGAGCCUCGCUCCCUUCGCCCCGUGUCAUUUUCAAGUAAAACACUUUUAACUUCGGUCAAAUAUACAUACAUGCAUGUGGCCACUCCAAUGGUCUAGACAUGUGACCACUCCAACGGUCUAUACAUUGGUUCAUUAAUGUAUAUAUGUCCAUGUAGGCCUCUUGACGUGGUCUAAUGGUCCUAACAUUUUAGAGGCACACGACAAGAUUAAAAAUAGAUGUUCUUUAAAUUAUUUUUGAUAUAUAAAUACUAUCAAAAACAAGCUAAUAAAAAUGUAUAUAUCACAAUAUUACUUUACAAGUUUUUUCUAACGUGUUUAGAUGCGACAUGCUAUGGACAUAUAUUGGAUAUGUCAUAGUUGUUAACUCUUUAAAAAAUUGUUGUUGGACUAUUGGGUUGUAUACCUAAGACCGGCCCAUAUGGACUUGGGGGCCCUAAACAGCGGCCCAUCUGUCCCUCUUUAUCGUUCUCAAGCAGAUACUUUAAAAAGUCUGGAUACUUCCACUUGUAGUGUCUUGUCUUCUUGUUGUACAAGCACACACAACAAUUUGUUUACAGGAGAUCUGUUUCAAAACGAAGCCUAUGUCUCCGUUGAGGAGUCCACAACGGAUAGGGUCUCUCUCAACCAUUUCCUCGCUCAAGUGAUCACCAAGAUCGAACUUAGCUCUGGCAAAAGCAAGCAGCACGAUCAAGAAGCAUCGGAGGCUACGAUAAGACAGCAGCUCCAGCUAGUCGAUGUGCUUGAGAACAUGGGGAUUUCUCGGCAUUUUGCUGCUGAAAUCAAAUGCAUCCUUGACAGGACAUACAGAAGUUGGUUACAGAGACAUGAGGAAAUUAUGCUGGACACAAUGACCUGUGCGAUGGCAUUUCGUAUUCUAAGGUUGAAUGGAUACAAUGUCUCUUCUGAUGAGUUGUAUCAUGUUGUUGAAGCUUCCGGACUCCAUAAUUCACUUGGAGGAUAUCUCAAUGAUACAAGAACCUUGUUAGAAUUACACAAGGCCUCGACAGUUAGUAUCUCUGAAGAUGAGUCUAUCCUGGAUAGCAUAGGCUCAAGGUCACGUACCUUACUGAGGGAACAACUAGAGUCUGGUGGUGCUCUACGAAAACCUUCACUCUUUAAAGAGGUGGAACAUGCUCUGGACGGUCCCUUCUACACCACAUUGGACCGUCUACACCAUAGGUGGAACAUCGAAAAUUUCAAUAUUAUAGAGCAGCACAUGCUAGAGACACCAUACUUGUCAAAUCAACAUACCAGUAGAGAUAUUCUAGCGUUGAGUAUUAGAGACUUCAGUUCCUCUCAGUUUACUUACCAGCAAGAACUUCAACAUCUUGAAAGCUGGGUGAAAGAGUGCAGGUUAGACCAGCUACAAUUUGCGCGACAGAAGUUGGCAUACUUCUACUUGUCUGCUGCUGGCACCAUGUUCUCUCCUGAGCUGUCUGAUGCUCGAACUUUGUGGGCCAAAAAUGGUGUGCUCACAACUAUUGUUGACGACUUCUUUGAUGUUGCGGGAUCAAAAGAAGAACUUGAAAACCUUGUCAUGUUGGUUGAGAUGUGGGACGAGCAUCACAAAGUUGAGUUCUACUCAGAACAAGUAGAGAUUAUAUUUUCUUCAAUUUAUGACUCAGUUAACCAACUUGGUGAAAAGGCUUCUUUGGUACAAGACCGCAGUAUUACCAAACACCUAGUAGAAAUAUGGUUGGAUUUGCUAAAGUCUAUGAUGACAGAGGUAGAGUGGCGUUUGAGCAAAUAUGUGCCAACAGAGAAGGAAUACAUGAUAAAUGCAUCUUUAACAUUUGGACUAGGCCCCAUUGUAUUGCCAGCAUUAUAUUUUGUUGGGCCAAAGAUCUCAGAGUCUAUUGUUAAAGAUCCAGAAUAUGAUGAAUUGUUCAAACUGAUGAGCACAUGUGGUCGCCUCUUGAAUGAUGUUCAGACUUUUGAGAGGGAGUACAACGAGGGCAAGUUGAAUAGUGUUUCUCUCCUCGUUCUUCAUGGUGGCUCCAUGUCCAUAUCAGACGCCAAAAGGAAAUUACAGAAGCCCAUAGACACAUGCAGAAGAGACCUCCUAAGUUUAGUUCUUCGUGAAGAAAGUGUUGUUCCUAGGCCCUGCAAGGAAUUAUUUUGGAAAAUGUGCAAGGUGUGCUACUUCUUCUACUCGACGACGGAUGGGUUUAGCUCACAAGUGGAGAGGGCUAAAGAAGUGGAUGCGGUGAUCAAUGAGCCACUAAAGCUACAAGGAAGUCAUACGCUGGUGUCUGAUGUGUGAAAGGAACUAAGCGUCGAUGUGAUGUGUUCUUUUGAUUUAUUAGUAGUUGUGUUUUCUCUAUAUGGUGGUUUGGUAGGUGACUGUAUAAUGUAAAGGAGUUGGCACAUGUUGUCAGUGUCGUAACAUCUUCUUGAUCUAUUCAGCGCUCUCUUGGGCUUGCGUUAUGGCGA